GCAGCCCUGAGCCUCCACUCAAUCCAAUUAAGGCGGACUUCGUCCACUCGGUUACGUGUACAUCCAACAAGAUCGGCGUUAAGGCAACACCAGAAUAUUUGGCAAAAAAGAUUGGCCUCCCCUUCCCCCUUUUUUUUCCAGCCGCCGAAUCAUGUCGAUGAGCCCAAAGCAUACGACUCCUUUCUCAGUGUCUGACAUCUUGAGUCCCUUGGAGGAAAGCUACAAGAAAGUGGGCAUGGAGGGUAGCAACUUGGGGGCUCCCUUGGCAGCCUACAGGCAGUCUCAGGUUUCUCAGCCAGCAAUGCAGCAGCACCCCAUGGGCCACAACGGGACAGUGACUGCUGCCUACCAUAUGACAGCGGCAGGCGUCCCCCAACUCUCCCAUACCACUAUGGGGGGCUACUGCAACGGCAACCUAGGCAACAUGGGCGAGCUUCCACCUUACCAGGAGACCAUGCGGAACAGUGCUUCAGCCACAGGAUGGUACGGGGCCAACCCGGACCCCCGUUUCUCUACAAUAUCCCGCUUUAUGGGGCCGUCUUCUGGAAUGAACAUGGGCGGCAUGGGGAGCUUGAGCUCGCUGGGAGACGUUAGCAAGAGCAUGGCACCUCUCCAGAGCACUCCACGCAGGAAACGCAGGGUCCUUUUCUCCCAGGCCCAGGUUUACGAGCUGGAGAGACGUUUCAAGCAGCAGAAAUACCUCUCGGCUCCGGAGAGAGAGCAUUUAGCCAGCAUGAUCCAUCUCACUCCAACUCAGGUCAAAAUCUGGUUUCAGAACCACCGCUACAAGAUGAAACGCCAGGCCAAAGACAAAGCCGCGCAGCAGCAGAUGCAACAGGACAACGGCUCUUGCCAACAGCAGCAGUCUCCCAGAAGAGUGGCGGUGCCCGUGCUUGUAAAGGAUGGCAAGCCCUGCCAAGCCGGCUCCAACACACCGACGGCAGCUCUCCAGACCCAUCAGCAGCAGGCAGCGGCAGCAAUCACAGUGGCUACCAAUGGCAACAGCCUUGGACAGCAUCAGAACCACCAGCCAAACAGUGCAGGGCAGUCUCCAGACCUGGGACAGCACUCAGCCAGCCCUGCGUCUCUCCAGAGCCAGGUCUCCAGUUUGUCUCACUUAAACUCUUCUAGUUCUGACUAUGGCACCGCCAUGUCUUGCUCUACCUUGCUCUACGGUAGGACCUGGUGAAAGGAUUUUUUUUUUUUUUUAAAGAAAGCUCUGAUGCGCCCAGUCACACAAAUCUCUGUCCUGGUCAAACUAUUUUUUUUAUUUUUUAACGAGCGGUUCUUUGAGGAACCCCUAACAGAGAGAGACAGAGAGUGACUUUUAGGUUGUUAAAUGAGUAUUUAAUAAAAAAAAUAAAUCGUGGAGCAGUUGCAGAAUGGAGCCCAUGAGUGGUCAUGGUCUGAAGGCUUGGAUUUCAAAUGUACACUUUGCCAGCGAAUAGACCUUGCAUGUAAAUAUAGAGAUUUUCGGAGGGGAGGGGUAGGCUCCCCCCCCCCACAAAAACAUUAGUGUCACCCAGAGAAAAGGAAAGGCCCCCUUUCUACUCCCCCAGCCCAGCCGCCAGGGCCCGCGGAUGGAGAUAUUGAUUCGUCACAGCUUGGCAUUUUUUUCUUCCCUUACUUUUGAUGUGAACCUGUAGCUGUAUAAUGCUGUCAAAAGUUGGACUAAACCCAUAGUUUUUAGUAACCUGUAUAUUUUGUUGUAAAGAAAAAAAAUACAAUCAACCAAAUCAAACCAAAACACACACCCGACCUUUUUUAUGGACAUUUAACGAUCCGUGUAAAUCCUUUGGCAGUUUGUUAUUUCCGCACGUCUCCUCUUUCUGUUGUAAACUUAUGUAGAUAUUUGGCUUAAAUAUAGUUCCUAAGAAGCUUCUAAUAAAUUAUACACAUUACAAAUAUUCUUUUUAUUAUUAUUAUUAUUAUUAUUAUUAUUUCCCUUUGCUUUCCCCCGUAGGUCUCUCUCCCCACACCCGAAAACAAAUGGGGAUGCUAAUAAAUACUGACACUAAAAGCAAAAAGGCCCAAAUCUUGCUCCCAUUGAAGUAAAUGGGGAGUUCGGCCCAUUGGUUUCAAUGGGAAGCAGGAUCAGGCCCAUGGUCUGGAGAAGUGAUAAGCAAAUAUACGUGAUAACUAUAUUCCUGCUUUAUCUAAUGAAGGAAUCGAGUCCGAAUUGAUUAGCCAGAUAUCAGGGUAGGGAGCCCACAGCAGAUUAGUUAUUCAUAGAGAAAGGAAAGUAUUCCAGAAGUAGUCACUGAAAUUCCAAAAGGCAUUUAGGAGAAGUUAAAUGUCUGAGGGUAUUAGAAACAAACUAAUGAGGAACCCACUGACAGGCUAGCAAAUGCAACCGUUUUAAGGCGUGUCCAGUUUUAAUAACUUGUACAAAGAUCAUUUCUACCAGGUUUUAUUAUGUACUUGUAUUUUAAGGAAAGUACAGUCACCUUAUUUAUAAUCAAAAUAAAAUGAUAGUUUAUUGUGUCCGGCGUCUAGUCUGAAUUAACUUUCUUUAUAAAAACGUAUUUCAUUAUAUCCACACACAGGCGCAAACGCAUCACUUCAGUUUGUCCUGCAGCUUUCAUUCUUACAAAACAGGGAGGGGAACUACUUUGCUGCGGACGCAUUUCGUUUUCACGCAGAUUGCUUUUGCUUUGGGGACUGGACUAGGCUGUAAAGAAACAGGUGAAGGGGGGAGGUACGUGUGUAGCUGAGAAACAGACGUGCAUGUGUUAGUGAUGUACACACUAUAGGGAUUCAAGAGAGGUACGUGUUAACUUCGGUGUAAAUAGACAAAGUAGAUAUUGUGAAAUAGUUUUUAACUGGACAAUCAACAAACACAUUAAAUUCACAAGCUUUCUGGCCCAACAUGAUCCCUUUUGUGAGUGUAACUGAAAAUUCUAAGUGCCCAGUGUUAACCUAUCCCAUCAAGGACUCCAGACCUUAAUUUCCUCCAAAUCCACUGCUUAGCUGUAAUUUUCCCUCCGAUUUUUAAAUUAAAACGCUGAAAUACAUCUCACAAUUCAAAGAUCUCUGAAAUCCUGAAGAAUCACGAACCCAGUGCCUGUUAUUUGAGAGGGAGCGAGAAAGGGAGUGGAAACAAACAAACAAAUCUACAGUUUUUGUAGCAGCGCCGGAGGGCUUUAUCAUCUUAGUUACCCUAGUGUUACUCAGGGAGCUUGGAUAAGAAAAAGGAAAUAGAGUAAAAAGAUUAUCUGACCCUUCUGUUAAACUGGAGGACAUCACGUGUGUCAGCGGGAAUUUCAAGCCCCUCCAUUUUUAUAGUAUUCCGUAGGUUGAUAGAGGAAGAUUAUCAAAUGGGAUAGAACAUAUUUUAACGUUACUUUUUUCUCUAUUAAGAAUAUUUAUUUCAAAUUUAUAACUAUAGGUCAAAGCUAGCAUUCAGAGAGCCUAAACAGAGUGUUCGGUGCUGUCAUUUAAAAUAGAACUCCAGGGGAAAAUUGGUUGGGAUUUUUUUGAAGUGUUAAACUUCUGUUCUUAGGUCCUGGUCCAAGGGAGAGACCUGUGCUUGUUUAAUAUUAUACAUUUUUUAGUAGGUCUAGUUCCUCUCUCCCAAUUUUAAAAUACACACGAAAGGUGUGAAAUGCUAUGCUUAAAUCGACAGUUCCCCUUUCUUGGGAUUUAUUUUAGAAUCCUUCCAAAAACUGGUAAUUUUCAAACUCGAGGGGAACUAGGAAUAAUUGGAAAAUCCGAGAACUAUUUUCAUGGAACGGAGAAAUAAAGUUGGCAUGUUUAGUGUGGAACCAGCUAGCGACUUAACAUAAUAGACUUUGGGCAAUAAAUGAAUUUUAUUGUAUCUAGACAACCUCAUAAACACAUAUUUGGUGGUGGGCGUAAUUACUGUAAUGGAUUAUUAUGUACACUGGCUUAUCUUUCUUAAACUAAAUUUAGUUUCGAUUAAAUAAACUCGUUUCCACUUUGUCUGA